AUGGUUGCUGACCAGAGAUCAUAUAGUACCAGUCAGUUUGCAAAAGCAACAAAGCGCUGGGGUCUUUAUAAGCAACCUCGCCAGGCCCAGACAAUAGUCCAGGCUCUUGAAGCAACUAUUUCGCCGGAAUCUGAGCCAUUGGGCGCGAUAUUUGAUAUCGAGGUUGAUGCUUUAGGCGCAGAUGAUGAGAACGAAUCUCUUUUCCACACUGUCAAUACACUUAGUCCAGAUUCCCACAUUCCCAAAAACACCGAGAAUGACGAGGAUUCAUGCAAGGAGCCAUCUCAGAAAACUGGAGAUACCUUGAUGGAGGCCCAAGAGGGCCACCGGAAAACCAGAGGAUCGAGCAGCCGGUGCCACCCAGCGGAUGUCAAGAGUCCAAUACGUAUUUCGAGCGCACCCAAAGCUCAGAUUUCAUUAACUUCGAGAUGUUCGACCCCCCGGGUUCUGGACCAAAAACAAAACACUCUUCUGAUCUGUGAUACGACGCCAGAGUUGUACUUAGAUUAUUUGGCAUGCUGCUACCUCUUUCAAGAUUCUUUUAAUUGUGUUGCGGGAAACAUCCACUUUAGUGACAAGAUUGCCGCUGAUGAGAAUCUUAUACGUCAGUUUUUGGAUCUUAUGAGGAUUGCCAAAUCACCGAGCAUGGGUCAAUCGGCUAUCAAUCUGCUGCGAGAUUUCCAUCUCCUUGAAGCUGCAGAAGGGGACGCAGAUAAGACAUCAGUCUUGCCAUAUACAUCUGCGCAAGAUCGAAUGCUUUUUCACGCCUAUUUGUCCAGCAUCUAUUCCCUUAUACAAGGCCGAGAGAACCAUGCUCAGAGGCAUCUUGGCCGACUUCGCCAGAUCAGGGAUGAGCUCGUAGCAAGUCCAAAUUGUUCCCUUAGUAUGUGGUCCGUCCUUCAUUUACAACAAGAGUCCGGUCAGAGGGAUACCACAGGCGAUCUUCUUGAAAAAUUGGAUAUUGGCGAUGGAGAAUUUCUAUAUUCCUUUCAGAUGUGCCUGAGGGUUUGUAAGCAGUGCCUUGAGUUGGUCGAAAAAGGCGUCUCAAGUCAUGUUCUUGUACAAUUUGACAGCUUAUUUCGACACGCAAGUGAUGCUGCAAUUUCACAGGAGAUUAGUAGACUGAUGCGAAAGGAAAGUCGUCUUGAUACGUGGCAAGAGGCUGGAUUCCUGUUUGCCUUCGUUUGGGGCAAUGCACAGCAGGAAACUUCAAUCUCAUCGUCCUGGUGGAAGCAAGUCGAGAUAUCAGGUAUAUCACCUACUCAUUUCCUGGCUAUUAUUUGUCGGAUGAUUGUUCAUCAAACAACCGUCUCCCACCAACACUUGAAGAAAGAAUUUGCAUCAGAAUAUGUCACAAAACAAUUCAUUAGCUUGUUCUAUCUGGAGACAAUCGAGGAUUUGUUGGAAGCAGACCUCCCAACGCGACAUUUCAAGAGAGAAUUUCUACAGCACUUUACCAAACAUCACACAUGGUCCGAACUAGAACCAGAGGACAACGGAUCAAUUAAACGUGUCCAGAACUUCCAACAGAGAGUUCUAGAUAACGUGAUUCGACAUAGCAUGGAUAGUGCAAAACAUCACUCCUCCGUCCAGGAGACUUCGCCCCAGGCUACACCCUUGCAAACAGAUGUCCGAAUGACCCAAUCUCUUAGUCUUGGUUCCAACAAGUCCAAUAAUUCAUCCUCGCGCUCCACAAGCUCUUCACACGGUCGUCAAAGAUACCUCAGCUCACUGAGCAACAAUCCUACGAUAACUCGAUCACCAGCGUCAGGAUCCUCUCGAGGGUCUUCCAUGAACUCGUUUCGGAGAUUUCAAGCGGCAAGUGCAGCUAUUACAAUACGUCUGAAAGACUAUCAGGGUUCGCACAUGCAAAGUUUGGAUGAACAAGGCAGUAGUACUUAG